GUAGCAACAUGACUGCCGAUGACCCAGGAGGGAACGGGAGCAACAUGACGGAAGAACCAUCUGUCAACGCGGAUCCUGCUGGUCUGGAGAUCUGGCUGACGAAUAAGACGCACAAGCACGUCAAGCUGCCACCCCUUCCUGUGGAUCCCAUGACCGCUACCUUCAGCUUUGUGGCGGAGUCAGACACCAUUUACACCAUAACAUCGUUGAGCCUGAAUGACACGAUCUUCCGAAGCGAGCCGGCUGAG